AUGGUGCCCAGUGUGCACCGCCUUAUGAACUUUUUAGAGGCUAUCCACAAACUGACCUACGACACAGGAAGUGGGCGUGAUCCUUGCACCAUGUAUUACUAUAGAAACCUUCUGAAUGCAAGAAAUCUGAAGGGACAUGUGAAGAAUUCUUACAGGCCUUACAAGCAGCUCUUUUAUACAGUCCUUGAUGCUUUGUGCAUUGUACAUUUUUUACAUCAUUUUCAUCUUGCUGAUCUGGAUUCAGAAAUUCCAUUCCCAGACAAUUUUAUGCAAAUGACCAAUGAAGACAAAAUAGACUGGUUGAAUGAAACCUGCAGAACAAUAUUGAAAGGUGAAUUCUUUGAUAAUGAAGACGACAUUUUCUCCUCCUUGAGAAAAAUACUGGAAGAUCCAAAUCAUGAAGAAAACUACUGGGUAUCUUGCCGCCAGAAUCAGAGAUUUCAUUGUCAUUUCUGUGACAGAAAUUAUGCUUGUGUAGGAUCUCUAAAAGCACACGAAGAGAGAGUUCACAACUAUAUUGCUAGGGUGCAGAAAAAAACACAGAGCAAAGAACAAAGAAAACUAAAGGACUACAUCAGUAUGCUGUUCAAAUUAAUUUUGAUUCACAGAAACCUGGAUGAGGCCGUAGACAUGGGAGACGGAGAACGUUCUACAAGAUCUGCGAAAUAUGAACUUCCCAUUUAA